AUGACUGUGGUUGAAUAUGCAGCCAAGUUUGAGGAGUUGGGUGUUCGUCAGUUUCCACUCUUGGUUAACAUGUGCCAGAUUUGGGAUGAAGACUCUCAAGAUAGGGCGAGCUAUUACAGGAGUACGGGCCCAACGAAGAACAAAAAGAAUGGACCUCAACAUCGAGAAAAACCGUACUCGAUGCCUCCUAAGCAAUAUGGUAACCACCCCAACAAUCAAAGGACUGUUGCUAUGGGGUUUGUGGGUGGUACUGGUAGCAAACCCAAUACUUUCCCCACUCAGAUAACUUGUUACAAAUGUGGUAAGCCAGGGCACAUCUCCUCAAAUUGUGCUAAUAAAGGCAUGACCUAUUUUAAUUGUAGACAAAAGGGGCAUAUUCAGAGAGAUUGUCCAUAUCCCAAGAAGGAGCAGAAGGAUGGGGGCCUGAAUGAUCAAACUGGACAUUCGAAGGCCACAGGAAGAGUCUUUACCCUUAACGGUGCCAAAGCUUUGAAAUCCAAAGAUCUAAUCCAAGGGAAACUUAAGCUUUCUGUGUCUUCUUUAAAUAAAGAUCUUAUGGUAGAGACCCCAACUAGUGGUUAUGUGUUAACUUCUAAUGUGUGUUUGAAUUGUCCUUCGGAAAUUUCUGGUAGAACAUUUUUGAUUGAUCUAAUUUGUGUGCCUUUGAGCAAAAUUGAUGUUAUUCUGGUUGUGACAUCUUUAAAAGAAGAUGCUCAAGUGUACAUGAUCUUGUCUAACCUAGAAAUAGAGACAAAGGUUUCCAUGUGUGACCUCCCUAUUGUUAGAGAGUUUCCUGAAGUGUUCCCUGAGGAUAUAUCCGGUCUACCACCUGAGAGAGAGAUAGAGUUUUCCAUAGACCUGGUACCUGGUGCUAGACCCAUAUCCAUAGCCCCUUAUAGGAUGUCUCCUAUAGAGUUAGCCGAGCUUAAGAAAUAG